GCCCCCGCUAGGGCGCUGUUUUUGCUACUGAUCUGCGGGUGUCGUCGCCAUGAUCGGCUCGGGCUCGUUUUCGCUGAUGAAGCCCUGGCUGGGCUGGCUUUCCGCCUCCGCCUCUCUGGCUGUGCUGGUUACGCUGGGGACGGCGGCGGCGGCUUGGUACUGGCGCUGGAGGGACCGCCGAAGGCUGCUGCGGCUGAAGCAGGUGGGGACGGUGUCUGGGCUUUUCAUCUACCCGAUCAAGUCCUGCCGGGGCAUCGCCGUGCAGCAGGCCGAAGUGGCGAAGCUGGGGCUCCGGAAUGGCGACCUGCGCGACAGGUCUUGGCUUGUGAUAAAGGAAGAUGGACAUAUGGUGACUGCUCGACAAGAGCCUCUGCUAGUAUUGAUCUCUAUCACCAACCAAAAUGGCUAUUUGAUUCUGAGUGCUCCAGAAAUGAAGGACUGUCAUGUUUCAGUCAAACUACCAACCAAAAAUCCAGUACGGAAUUGCAGACUAUUUGGCUUUGAUGUUCAAGGCAGAGAUUGUGGAGAAGAUGUUGCUCAAUGGAUUACAGCCUACCUAAAGUCAGAACCGUACCGUUUGGUUUGUUUUGAACCAAAUAUGCUUCCAAGGAAUUCAAAAGAUUUAAUGGAACCUUUUCGUCCCACUGAUAAGAUUGCUUAUUCUGACUGUAGCCCUGUCAUGCUCCUCUCCGAAGCUUCUUUAGAAGAGCUUAAUUCCAGAUUGGAGAAGAAAGUUCAAGUACAUAACUUCAGGCCAAGCAUUUUGGUCACUGGUUGUGGUCCUCAUGAGGAGGACACCUGGAAUGAUAUUAUAAUUGGAAGUGUACAAAUGAAAGGGCAAAUGGCCUGUCCCAGGUGUAUUUUAACGACUGUUGAUCCAGAUACUGGCAUCAUAGACAGAAAAGAGCCUCUUAAUACUUUGAAAAGUUACCGUUUGUGUGAUCCUUCUGAAAAGAAUUUAUACAAAUCACACCCUCUCUUUGGGUGGUACUUCGGAGUUGAUAAAACAGGAACACUUAAGGUUGGAGAUCAUGUUUACAAGAUAAUGUGGUGAUAUAAAUUCCCAAAUGGAAAUGCAUUUUUGAUGUGUUUUAAAUAUCUUUUUUGAAGCUGCUAUCUUUCUUAUGAAAAUUUUCUAUCUUUCAUCUAGGAAUACUUUGUGUAACAUUUUAAAUGCAAUUGUAUUGGUAUAAAGAAAUGAUUUUCUGCUUUCUAGAAUGGAGCAUGUUGUUACAUGCUCCAAAUAAAUGGAGCUGACUUUUUGUACAUAAUAGAUACAAAAUUGAGUCAAAAAUACUGUCAGAAUUCAACUUUAUACAGUAUUAAGACAUAGAGAUGAUGGAAAGCUUGUGAGAGGUAAAACCAAGUAUGAGCCAUCAGUGUGAUGUGGCUGCAAAGAAGGCAAAUGCAAUUUUGGACUACAUCAAGCAGAAGUAUAAUUUCCAAAUCAUGGGAGGUAAUCAGUCCACUCUAUUUCUUUUUGGCUGAGUGUUGUGUCUGGUUCUGAGCAGCACACUUUAAGGUUUCAGAGAAGUUGAAACAAGUUCAGAGAAGGUCUGCAAAGAUGAUCAUGGGACUAGAAUCUGAGGUUUUUGAAGAGAGAUUGAAGGAGCUGGUAUGAUUACCUUGAGAAAAGAUGGUUGAGGGUGAUAUAAUAACCCUCUUCAUAUACUUGAAAGGAUGUCACAUGGAAGAAGGUCAAGACCUGUUAACUCUCAUGUGAGUGGAUUUCAUUAGUAAUAACCAAUUUAAGUAACAGGAGGGCAGGUUCCCAUUAAGUAUCAGAAACAUCUUCCUAACAGUAAUAUUGAGGUAUUGAGGUGUCUAUUGUUGUUUACAUCUGCUGCUGUCUCUUUACCUUUAAUUGCAAUUUUUUAAAUUUUCUAGAUAAUAGUUUUUAUAUAUUACUGCUUUAUAUUUUUAUUGUACGCUGCCCAGAGUCAGUUUUUUGUGAGAUGGGCGGCCAUAUAAAUUUGAUGAAUAAAUAAAUAUUAGUUUGAUGGUGGACCCAGUGAACGAGAGGUGGUGGCCACUCAUCUGAUUGAUGUGUUCAUGCAGAGAGCCAUCUGUCUUGAGAUGGUUUAAUUCAGAUUCCAGCACUGAAUAGGGGUUUGGACUUGGUAUGGCCUCAUCUAACUCUCUAAUUUUAUUAUCACAAGUUCCAAAUUCUUCACUGUCAGUUGUUCAUAUUUUUAUAUAUCUUAUUCUAUUACUUGGAACUAAAUUGCAUUGAUUUCAAUAUGAUUUUGUUAUAUGAUAAUGUCAAGUUGGGAUGGGUCUCCUAACUCCUAAUACCUUUUAUAUUAUCAUUCACAAAGAUAGAUAAAAUAUGUAUUGAUAAGCUACUUUAAAUCAUAAUUUGUAUCUCUGAUUUAUUUUUAAGAGAGAAAAUGAUUAACAUUUGUAAUAUAUGCUCUUGCUUAUAAGAAUAUUAACAGGUCACUGAAUGUAAGUGAUAUGGGAAUUACUACCUUUCAAAUAAAAAUAUAAAAUAUACAA